AUGCGUUUCUUCAUCAUCUUGAUUGCCAUGCUCGUCGCCGCCGCCACGUCCGCUCCACGAUUCGUUCGCGACACCGUGGAUACCUCGAUUCGUGUUAUUGACGAUGACAAUUCAACGACGCCGAUGGAUAAUGAGAUUCUUGGGAUGACGAGUGAGAACACGACAUCGGAGGUCAGCGAGUCAGGAAAGGACAAGCCGCUCAUCGAACACAUUUCUGAUGCCCCUGUUACUCAAACCGCUGUGACCGAGAAGCCUUCAGGAUCCGUCCGCGUUACUGGUGUAACCAGGAAUAUAUCUGAGUAUAUACUUCCUGAAGAGGACAAGCCGGAAUAUACCGUCCUUGAAUUGUCCAAGAAGAAGGAGGCGGGACCGAAGAAGUCGAGCGGCCAAUUGAGCGUGAUCACUGGAAUCGCAGCGAUCGCCACCAUUGUUUUCGCCCUCUAA